AUGGUUAAAGAUGGAAAAAUAAGGCUUCCAAAGGAUUUCACUAAGAAAUAUAGUAAUGAUAUGGUAAAUCCUAUAUUUCUCAAGACUCCAGAUGAGAAAAAAUGGGAAAUACAUACCGUUAAAGCUGAUGGUGAUUUCUGGUUUCAAAAGGGUUGGAAGGAUUUCGCUACAUACUAUUCAUUAGCUCAUGGAAACAUGAUAGUGUUUCAAUAUGAGAAAACUUCUCAUUUUAUGGUUCAUAUAUUUGACAAGAGAACCCUUGAAAUUGAAUAUCCGUUGCAUGAUAUUCAACAUGAACAAAACAAUUUUGUGGAAAUUAGUGAUGACGAAUAA